AUGUUCACGGCGACGACGACCACCGCCGUCACCGUCUCCCUCUCCGCUUCCCUCGUUGCAAUCACUUCCGUCUGUCUUCUCGACCGCUGGCAACAAACUUACUUACUCAGUGGAGUUCUUUCUUUCUUUCUUUCUUUCUUUCUUUCUUUCUUUCUUUCUUUCUUUCUUCUUCUUCUUCUUCUUCUUCUUCUUCUUUUCUUUUUUCUUCUUCUUCCCGACUUGAUCUACUUGGUCGAGUCGAGAAAUAUUCAGCACGCAGUUUCUUCAUAUCUAUUUAGCUAUCUAACUCAGUCUCUUUCUGUCAUGUUUGUUUUUCUUUCUUUCUUUCUUUCUUUCUUUCUUUCUUUUUUUCUUUCUUUUUUAAAGCUAUCUAACUCAUUCUUCCUUUUUUUACUUUCGUUCUUCCUUUCUUUCUUUUUCUUUCUUUCUAUACUUAUCUAUCUAUCUAUCUAUUUCAGUCUGUUCAUACCUAUCUAUCUAUCGAUCGAUCGAUCGAUCUAUCUAUUUCAGUCUGUUCAUAUCUAUCUCCCUCAGUCUGUUCACUAUCUCUCUAUCUAUCUCAGUCUGUUCACUAUCUAUCUAUCUAUCUAUCUAUCUAUCUAUCUAUCUAUCUAUCUCAGUCUGUUCACUAUCUAUCUAUCUAUCUAUCUAUCUAUCUAUCUAUCUAUCUAUCUAUCUAUCUAUCUAUCUCAGUCUGUUCACUAUCUAUCUAUCUAUCUAUCUAUCUAUCUAUCUAUCUAUCUAUCUAUCUCAGUCUGUUCACUAUCUAUCUAUCUAUCUAUCUAUCUAUCUAUCUAUCUAUCUAUCUAUCACAAUGUAUCUACGCAGCUUGUGGAAUUCAAAUAUUUUCACUUCUUGCGUUCUCUUAUAACAUGUGUAUGCCAGUACAAAGAUUGCAUAUCAAUACUGUGUCUCAAUACGGAGUUUAUCAGUGUAUGA